GUAUAAAGAAGACACCCUGCCUGUUUACAUGUUACACAUGGCUGCUAUGCCCCUCCCCCGUCCUCACUUUUCUCAACCCGCUGCCAAAAUAUGUGAAAGUCAAUCCAAGCUGCGGCUCCAUGCGCAUGUUAUUUAAAACUGGACACCAUCAUGGCAGGCGCGGCGGGUAGCUCCACUGAGCUCAGCGAGUAUCCACCCUUUAGCCCGAUAAACAUCGCUUCUGUGGAGGACUAGAGCUCCGAAACCUUCUGCGAUUCACUCGACGCUUCUCAUGUCGCUCCCGGUGGUGUUGCCGGGGUCUUGCUGUCCGGUUAUCGGGGCUUCGCAGCUCUCUGAGCCGCCUUACCGAAACCGACCCCGUGGCUUGUCCGCCUCUUCCCGCACUGCCGGCGGGGGCUCUCGGCUGCUGCUGCCCGGGCGGCCGCUGCUCUCGUUGGGCUUGCUGCAGCUGCUGCUCGGCGGCUCCAUGGUGGCGCUGUGCUUCGGAGCUCUGUCCCUCAGCAACUCACCCCCCAUCCGGAACUCAUGUCCCUUCUGGGCAGGCUCCUCGGUCAUUCUGUCCGGCAUCGUAGGCCUCACAACAUGGAGAAGACCCAUGCUGCUGCUGGUCAAUGUGUUUGUCCUGCUGUCUGUGGUGUGUGUGCUCCUUAACCUGGCUGGAUUCAUCCUGUGCUGCCAGGGAGCCCAGCUGGUGUCCAGUAUGACCAGCUGCCAACUGAGUGAGGCCGGAGAUGUGUGUUACUGCUGCUCCCUCUCCCCCAGCUCCAAUUGUCCUGAGGAGAAGCUUCUGGAGCUCCACCCGGCCCACUCCUGCAGCACCAUGAGGAUCCUGCUCAAGAAAGUCUUGUUUGCACUGUGUGCUCUGAACGCUCUGACCACUGCUGUGUGCCUGAUGGCCUCUGCGCUGAGAUACCUGCAGAUCUUCACGGCGAGGACACCCUGCAUGGACGAGCAAAGGGCCACAGCUGAAGAGAGGGAGGAGCCUGCUCAGGUCCCUGACCCAGAUGAGUUUGUGGCCCCAGCCCCUCCCCCCUCCUACUUCUCCACUUUCUACUCGUACACACCACGCUUGGCCCGCAGGAUCCUCGGGGACAGUGUGAUCCCUCUCCCUCACAUCUACGGUGCUCGAAUCAAAGGGGUGGAGGUCUUCUGUCCGUUGGACCCCCCACCUCCAUAUGAGGUUGUUGCUGGAAGCUCUGCCAAUGCAGUCAUACAGGAGACAGAGAUUGCACUGACAGAGCUGACUAUAUACACGACGGCCUUUCCCUCAGAAGCCAGUGAUCCAGUCUCAGACAGAAGUCCCCGAGUGGUAUCAGCAUCACCAGGCGUCCCUCUGCGUGUCAAGCCUCCGCUCCAGCCUCAGCCUCAGCUCCAGCCUCAGCUCCACCUCCAGCCUCAGCUCCACCUCCAGCCUCAGCUCCACCUCCAGCCCUCAGCUCCACCUCAGCUCCAGCCUCAGCUCCAGCCUCAGCUCCACCUCCAGCCUCAGCUCCAGCCUCAGCUCCAGCCUCAGCUCCAGUUCCAGCCUCAGCUCCAGCUCCAGCCUCAGCCUCAGCUCCAGCCUCAGCUCCAGUUCCAGCCUCAGCUCCAGCCUCAGCUCCAGCCUCAGCUCCAGCCUCAGCUCCAGCCUCAGCUCCAGCCUCAGCUCCAGUUCCAGCCUGAGCUCCAGCCUCAGCUCCAGCCUCAGCUCCAGCCUCAGCUCCAGUUCCAGCCUCAGCUCCAGUUCCAGCCUCAGCUCCAGCCUCCUCUUCCUCUUCCUCAGCAGCAGCCUCCCUCCCCAGCAUUGAGCCACCGGAGGAAAGAAAGGAUGCGCCGCUCCAACAGUGACCCGGUGUUGAUAGACAUUGCUGCUAAAGCAGCGACGCCCCCCCCCGCUGCGUUUCCUAACACCACAGACUCCUCCACACAGACCACCCAGCCCACGCUGGCUGUCAGCACCCAGGGCCAGGUCACACUGCGGCGGGGCCACACCGACAGCAGGACGCCCCGGAGACCACGGCCCUCCUCCAUGGUGGACUACCAGAGCUACCGACACACACAGCAGCUGGUCAGGAGGAUCCUGGAGCAGCCGGCCGCCCAGGGCCUGACCCCCGAGGUGCAGGAGCUGGUGGACAGCAUCCGGACCGUCCUGCAGUCCGACCAGGAGCACAUGGAGGAGGCGGUACGCUGCGCCAGCUACAUAGAACAGGUGUUCACAGACUCAGAGAUGGGUCCCGGGCAGCCCAAACCUUCCCAGCAGGCAGCAGGCAGCCACUCCCAGACGUUCCCUCGCCCCCCCAGGAGAAGGGCCGGUCUGCUGCACCUGCAGAGCUGCGGCGACCUCAGCUCCUUCACCUGUGAGGCGAUCGAGUCUGCAGAACAUCGAGGAAGCAGAAGAGUGGGGUCCAGGGCAGGGUCCAGGGCAGGGUCCCGACUGGAGCACCCUGAGCGCCCCCACAGUCUGAUCGGAGUCUGCAGAGAGACGGUUCUCUAAAGGGGAAAACCAAAUGUAUUCAAAUACAAGGCAACACAGCUAGAUGCUGCUUAAUCUGUUGCUAAACUUUGAGAGAAAACUGUUGUAGUAUAACCACUGAGGAGGGUGUGUGUGUGUGUGUGUGUGUGUGUGUGUGUGUGUGUGUGUGUGUGUGUGUGUGUGUGUGUGUGUGUGUGUGUGUGUGUGUGUGUGUGUGUGUGUGUGUGUGUGUGUGUGUG